AUGGAAGAGCUCUCCAUUUACGCUCACUCGCUCUCCACCCACACCCUCACCUUCCCCGACCCGGAUCUCCUACACGAACUCACCAAUCUCUACUUCGCGCACUCGAAUGUCUACACUCCGAUCCUGCACCGGCCCAUGUUCGAGAAGGCUCUCGCCGACGGCCUGCAUCUGCGCGACACCGGCUUUGGCGGCGUCGUCCUACUCGUGUGCGCGAUCGCGAGCCGGUACACGCAUGAUCCCCGCGUCUUCCUCCGUGGCGCGCCGACUCAGAGCGCCGGCUGGAAGUGGUACUCCCAGGUUGAGAUGGUCCGCAAGUCGCCGCUUGCGCCGCCGAGGCUGUACGACGUACAACAGUACGCGCUCGCGUCGGUGUUCCUUGUCGGAUGCUCCGCGCCACACGUAACGUGGAACAUGAUCGGCCUUGGCGUGCGGAUGUGCCUCGACGUUAGCGCGCAUCGGAAGAAGGUCUACAAGGCCACAGGGCCGGACCAGAUCAUCGAGGAGCAGUGGAAGCGCGCCUUCUGGGGCCUGGUGAACAUGGAUCGUAUCGCGUCGAACGAGAUGGGCCGCGUCGUCGCAGUCCUGGAUGAGGAUAUCGAUGCCCCGCUCCCGUGCGAGUGUGACGACGAGUACUUCGUCUCGCCGGACCGAACGCGCUACUUCGUGCAGCCGCCGGAGAAGCCGUCACUCGUCGCUUAUGUCAACAUUAUGAUUUCGCUACGUUCCAUCCAGCUCAAGGCUCAGCGUUCGCUGGUGGGUGCAUUCUAUAACAUGUUGUCCAUGGUAUCGCACAAGCUGAUAAUGGGUAACGUUGUUACCAUCCAGUUCUCCACCUUGCGCGAAAAAAGCUACGAUUACGAGGUAAAGGUUGUCGCUGAGCUGAACGCUGAUCUCGAUCGCUGGCGUGAUGCUGUUCCGUCUCACCUGAGAUGGGAGACCGCGCUCGCCGCCGCUGAUGACCAUCCGAUCUUUUUCCGCCAAUGCACCGCGUCGUGGACCGUCUACCAUUACGCCCGGAUCAUCAUUCACCGCCCGUUCGCCGUCGGCCUUCGCCGCAAUACGCCACUUGGUAUGGCGUCCGUGGAGGUGUGCUACAAUUCAGCCAGGGAGAUCGCGCGGAUGUUCCGGGACCUGCUCAAACGGGAUAGCGGGCCUUUUGGGCUGCACAUGUUUUCGGCGUUCACGGCAGCGAGCGUGCUCCUCCUCAUGAAGUGGACCCAGGACCGUGAGGGCGAUGGCACACUUGAAUCUCCGAGCGAGCAAGACCUGAAGCACGUGUACACCUGCAUGAACGUCAUCAAGACCUCCGAGCCACGGUUAGUUCUUUCCUCAUUCAUAUGUCGACCACGCCUACGAAUUCUAACUUGCGUGAUGGCAAAUACAGAUGGUACCUCGCCGGCCGAUUAUGGUAUGUAUUCCCAUUGA